AUGUCGGUAUAUUGGCCUGAUUCUGAAUUGGGACGCUUCGAAAAUUCAGUAUAUCGUUUAUUUAACGAUUUCUUUAAGGAUUUUGAUCAUGUUAAACAUUCUGGGAGUGUGCGUCGUAGUUACAGGGUUCCACCUCUCGAUGAACAAAUUAACCUCGAUAUUCGUGACGGUGCACUUUAUAUUUCCGGUGAAUCAAAACAAGAUGAAAAAUUUAAAGAAGGAAAUGUACAUAUUCAAGAACGUCGUUAUGGAGCAUUUUUUCGUGUCAUCACUCUUCCUCGAAACGUUAAAACUGAUGAAAUCAAUGCUAAGUUUGAAAAUGGAAUUAUUGAAACGAAAAUUCCAAAAACUUAG